CAAUUUUUUUUUAGGAUUCAACAUAAACUCUUAAUUUUGAAAUUGUCAUAAUUUAUAACUAAAAAAUGUUUAAGAGUCCUUUAAAGAACUCUACCAUUGGGCUUGCUCUUAGGACUUAUACAUCAAUAGGAUCCUUGGAAUGGCUUCGUCGUCUUCUUCCCCUUUGCCUCCGGCGAUGAAAAACGGAGAGUCUACAAACUGGACAGAGCUACCGCCGGAACUGACGUCAUCGAUCCUGCACCGUCUCGGUGCGAUUGAGAUACUUCUAAACGCUCAGAGAGUAUGCAGAUCGUGGCGACGCAUCUGUAAAGACCCAUCGAUGUGGCGUAAAAUCGACAUAAAAAUCCCGAAAAAAUUCGAAGACUUGUUUCAUGAUCUCGAGGCCGUGUGCCGUCGCGCCGUUGAUCUCAGUAAGGGAGGCUUGAUUGAGAUCAACAUUGAGCACUUGGUGAACACUUCUCUCCUCAAUUACAUCGCCGACAGAUCAAGUAAUCUGAGACGGCUUGGAGUUGUUGACUGUGGUCCAGUAGUUAGCAGUGGAGUUGUCGAAGCAGUCAUGAAGCUCCCAUUACUUGAAGAACUUGAGAUUACAUACAAGUCAUCAAUCAGAGGACAAGUUUUAAAAGUUGUAGGCCAGUCUUGUCCAAAUCUGAGGACGUUAAAGCUAAACUGUAUUGGUAAUUUUAAGUGUUGUGAUAAGGUUGCUCUAGCUAUUGGUGAAACAAUGCCCGGUCUUCGCCACCUCCAGCUUUACAGGAACGGAUUAUCGGACACGGGCUUGAACGCCAUUCUUGAAGGUUGUCCUCACCUGGAAAACCUCGAUUUACACAAGUGUUUAAACAUUAACCUUGUUGGUUUGAGAGGAUAACCCCGAAUGACUUACCUCGCUUCAUGAGAGGUACUGGCAGAUCCAAUUCGUUUGUUUGUAAUUCUCAUUUAGAUUAUUGUAUUUUACCGAUUCAUACAAUUCACUUUGGAAUCUCCGUGAACCUUAGUGGGCAUUCUAUCAUAUAUCAGAACCUUUAAAGCCAA